AUGCCAUCCUAUGCAAAAUUUUUAAAGGAAAUUCCUUCCAAGAAGAGAAGGUUGGAAGAUUAUGAAACAGUUGCUUUGAUAGAGGAAUGCAGUGCCAUCCUACAAAAUAAACUACCUCCAAAGCUAAAAGAUCCUGGAAGCUUCUCUAUACCUUAUCUCAUUGGCAACAUGAACAUAGACAAAGCCCUCUAUGAUCUUAGUGCUAGUGUAAGCCUAAUGCCCCUGUCCAUAUGCCAAAAGCUGAAUGUUGGAGAACUCAGACCAACUACUUUCUCAUUACAAUUGAUAGACAGAUCUGUCAAAUAUCCAGUUGGCAUCUUAGAGAACAUCCUCGUCAAGGUAGGAAAAUUCUUUAUUCCUAUAGACUUUAUUGUCUUGGAGAUGGAAGAAGAUGUUCAAAUUUCCAUAAUAUUGGGAAGGCCUUUCUUGGCAAUCGUCAAAGCUGUUGUAGAUGUCAAAAAUGGAUGA